AUGGCGGCAGUGGAUUUGCGGCACAUACUCUUGGAUUUGCUGCCGUCGUUUGAUAUGAAGGAGCGAUGUCGGGAGCUAGGCAUCCAACAUCAUCUGGAGAAGAUUAUUCCUGACCUUUGGGCCAUCAAUGCAGUCAUUCGGGACGCGACGAUGCGGGCGUGGACGCAGCCGGACGUGGAGAUGUGGAUGGCGGAUGCGGGUGCAGCCAUUGCGGACGUCCAAAACCUGCUCGACCGGAUCUUGGAGUGGCCGGGGAGGGCAGCGGCACCGUCGAAUCCCUUGUUGCGCUCCUUCCGAGUGGCUUUUCGUCUUUCUAUUCUGCAGGAGCUCAAGGAGAUGGGGCUCAGGUUGAAGGAGCUCGUCCUUAGGGGGUCUGCCUUGGACCUCCGGAAGGAGAUGAUGGAUGCCAUGGAUCCAUGCGAUGAAGAGUACUCCUAUGUCCUAGGAGAGGAAGUGGUGGGAAGAGAUGAGGCCAGAGAUAAUAUUGUAGAGAUUCUUCAGCAGAAUCAAUCAUCUAGCAACAGUGAGCCCUUCGUCAUUGUCAUCCAUGAUGAAAGGUCGUUGCCAUCAUAUCCAUCCAUGGGGAAGACAACCCUGGCUCGGAUGAUUUACCACCACCCCUGGGUGCGCCAACAUUUCCAUCAUCGAAUCUGGGUGGACGUUUCCUUCGACUUAUCUUGGGAUCAACUAAGCAUCGGGAGAGAAUUUGCAAGGUCUAUCACGGGAGACUCGUGCGACCAUCUGCAAUCGCACCAAGCUAUCUGGCUACUCGUGAAUGAACGGCUCGGCCAAAGAAGAUACUUGCUCAUCUUGAAUGAAGUAUACUAUGAUUAUACGGAAGAGGGGUUGAAAGACAAGUGGGAUCAACUAAAGCACAACCUAUUGCAUGUGGGUGGAAUCGGAAGUACAGUAGUGAUCAUCACCACCAAAUACACUACCGAAUAUACUAGUUGGAGUAUAGAUAUUGCUUCUUAUCGAAAUAUAUUUGGGUGCAAAGAGUAUAUGUUGGCUGGCCUCUCAGAGGAUGCUUGGAUAAAAUUGGUCAUGCGAGACACAUUCAUUGGAUCAGCGCAGGACAAAGAGAACACUUGUACCAUAAAUUUGCUACUUCAAUUUGCGGAGCAACAAUACAAAACAAUUAAGGGCUCUCCCUUACUGGCAAAGACGUUGGGCUCAAUAUUCAGGUACGCUGAGAAAUUAUCCAAAUCGAUCCACAAACUCGAGAAAUUAUUGAUUUUAAAACUAGCUUACUGUCAGAAGCUUCAAAUGCUUCCUGAUUCGAUUACCGCCCUUACAAAUUUACAAGAGUUAGAUGUCGAAGGUUGUCAAUCAUUCAUGAAAUUACCUGAAGGUUUAGUCAGCAUGAAAAAAUUGACAAUGCUAAAUGUGGACAAAUGUGUGUCCUUAACUCAAUUGCCUCAUGGAAUAGAGCAAUUGACUAACCUCCAAAAGUUAACAAUGCAUACUACAACUAAUAGUCUUUCAAGUGUCAUCCUAGAGUUGCAGAGUUUAGUAAAUCUUAAAGAACUUCGUCUGAAAACACUUAAUGGACUAUCAAGCGCGGAGGAUGCUCGAGCCUUAAAGCUCGAGGAUAAAAUAUUGCUCGAGUGUUCGACACUAAGUUGGGAGUGGUGGGAUAUAGAAGUUGCAUUAGUUACUAACAUAGUAUUAUUAGAUGAGCAGGUACUGGAACACCUUCAGCCUAACCUAGCUUUGAAGAAUCUAGAAAUACUUUCUUAUAUGGGGAAGAAACUUCCGAGCUGGAUGGCGUGCAAAAAAGAAAAUCUGUGGCAUUUGACAGAGAUCAAGCUUGUCAAUCUAAAGAAAUGUGAAAGGCUACCACCGCUUGGACAACUACCUAAGCUUGAGACUGUUGAGAUAAGUGGCAUGGAUUCAAUUAGUGCAGUGGAUGAUGCAUUUUACGGUGAUGGUAAUGGUGACACAUUUCCUAGAUUGGAAUCACUCAUUUUCUCAGAAAUGCCUAUGCUGGAGAGAUGGCUCAAGGCAAAAGGUGAAGGUGACAUGUUCCCGAUGCUUCUUAGGUUGAUACUAAUCCAGUGUCCAAAAUUCAAGGAAUUUCAUGUGCGACCAUCAAGCAGGCUUCUUGCAUUAUCACUAUGGUUGAAUAAUGACAAGUUGCUGACCUCUGAAUUUGUAGGUUGGCAGAACCUUAAAUAUGUCACUGCCUUAGAGAUAACUGGGUGUGAAGAGCUGAGGUGCUUACCACAGGGUAUCAAGUAUCUUGAGGACCUUUCUCAUUUGUAUAUUAUCCGAUGCAACAAUUUGAUCUCUUUGCCGGAUUGGUUGGCAGAACUCAAAUCUCUUAAACACCUGAUUGUACGAGAUUGCGCCAUGCUGUCAUUCAUUCCCGAGAGGCUCAAACAAUCGCCCCGUUUUCACAUUUGGAAUGAAGGCUGUCCAAAGUUGCAGCUCUAA